AGGGUUAAGGGUGGGGUAAGUUAAAAGUUUUCCUGGGACUUCAACUAGUAAAGACGCCCUCAGAGUUUCAGUCGUCGCCGUCGAAGUGAGUCGAUUUCUCCGGUGUUUCCAGUACAGUGUUAGAAGAAUGAAUCAUUACGUUCCUCUGGAUAUGUCGUCCAAGAAACAGUGUAACGCUUUUAGCAAUCGGCGUUACAUGCCGUAUGUUCCUCGAAGCAGUUAUACGCCAUCCGUUCCUCAAGAUGAAACUGCAUCGAGCAAGAAACUGUGCGGUGACGUUUCUGAUGAACCUCAUAACCCACCGCGUAUCAUGUGCAGGAGGUUACCGCUGACAUCUGCAGCAUUCAAAUAUAUAGAUAUUGGGAUCAGAGUAGUACCUCGUGCAUCCUACGUAGAAAUAAUUCUCGGCGAUAAUCAAGGACAUCGGAUGGAGUUAGAUCAAUUUUGGAAAGAAUAGAGAGAAAAUCCAUCAAAAAUAGACCAGCUGCUAAAGGCAACAGAUGCGGCAUCAUCAUCAGCGGUACAGCUUAAUAAUUUAGCUCUAGAACUAGUUAGAACGCGCCACGGAAAUAUUGUAAAAGUAACAUCAAAUAAUACUUCUAUGUACAUGAAACCAUCAACCAUAUCAUUUUUAUUUGAACUGGAACACUGUGUAGAUCGCAUAUAUUUUGAACUGUGUGAUGAUCUAGAAACAGUACAUGAAAUCUUCGAAGAACUCGUUGUGCGUUUACAAGAUAUAUGGAUGAGUGGCGAAAAAAAAUGUGAUACACCGAACGAUGCAGUUAGAAUCCUACACGACAUGUACUAUAAAAAUUCAAUCGAAAAUUGUGAAUUUAUUUCGAUCAUAAAGUGCGAAUUAAUGGCUUAUGCCGUAAAAGAAAUUCUUGCCGAAGCCAAAAGUCGGGGUGAUGUAUUUUGAUAAAUUGAGAUUAAAAAUUUUUUAAUGACAUACAUUUUCUUCCAAUCCAUUCUAUCUUCCCUUCCCAAGUAGUUAAUAAGAAGAAGAGCGACAACGUAGGGCUAUAUGCGAGGGAGAGGAUGCGAAUAGGGAGAGAGAGAGAGAGAGAGAGAGAGAGAAGGAAAUAUGAGCGGGGAAAAAAAUAGACAUCGUUUCGAUAUAUAAUAUAUUUAUUUUGCUUACAUCAGCAAUUGAAUACACUUUUUA